CGCCGCGUCCCGGCUCCAUGUUGACUCUGCUGUUCGUUCUUUCGCUUUUUCGUGGCUCUUUAAGAAGUGCAGCCUGAACCCCGCCGGGGCACGUGAGCGGCGAAGCCUCUUCCCUUCUGUCGAUACGGCGGCUCACGUCGGCGCACAGCGGCGGCGGAGGAUCCGGCGGUUCGGCUCGGUCCCGGUUCAGGAUAGCUGGACGGAGAUCCACAGCCUUCGCAGCGGAAGAGGAACGCACGAGCGCCGGGACUGAAAAGGAUUCCAUGGGCACGAGCUCGGCGUCGCCCGCGCGGUGUUUCUCUGGAGGAGCUGUGUGGCUCCUCGGCGCUGCCUGCAGCCAGACUCCACCAUUUCUUCUGUCUUCCACACCCUGAUGAGACUCGUAUCCCCCCAAGUUCACAUUGAAGUCUUUCAUUUGUGAACUGAUGUCAACCAAGUUUGGCAUGCAGGUAUCCAGAUGUCUGUGGAGGCUCUGAGGAUGAGGUCUUGGCCUUGAACCCCAGCAGUAUGUCAGAGCCAGCAGACAAAUGCUCCCCCCGUUGGAAAGAUGAGGCCAUUCAGAAUGGGUACAUACCAAGUUACCUGGACAAGGAUGAGCUGUGCGUAGUGUGCGGGGACAAAGCUACAGGCUAUCACUAUCGCUGUAUCACCUGUGAGGGCUGCAAGGGCUUUUUCAGACGGACAAUCCAGAAGAAUCUCAAUCCCACGUAUGCUUGUAAGUAUGAGGGGAAAUGCAUCAUCGACAAAGUGACCAGAAACCAGUGCCAGGAAUGCCGCUUCAAGAAGUGCAUCGCUGUUGGCAUGGCAACCGAUUUGGUGCUGGACGACAGCAAGCGGCUUGCCAAGCGGAAGUUAAUCGAGGAGAACCGGGAGCGCCGCCGGAGGGAAGAACUGCAGAAGACGGUGUGGGACCGACUGGAGCCCACGCAGGAGGAGUGGGACCUUAUCCGUAUGGUCACUGAGGCCCACAUGGCCACAAACGCCCAGGGCAACCACUGGAAGCAGAAACGGAAGUUCUUGGUCGAGGAAGCUAUGCUACUUAAUGAAAUAACAUGUAAUUUAUUCUAUACUUCUGACCAGAGUGCAGUGGGGGUGAAGGAAACUAAGCCUGAGGACAUUGGUCAAGCAUCCAUCGUAAAUACACCUGAAGGAAGCAAAGUGGACAUAGAAGCCUUCAGUCAGUUUACAAAAAUUAUCACCCCCGCCAUCACCCGUGUGGUGGACUUUGCCAAAAAACUGCCUAUGUUUUGUGAGCUGCCUUGUGAAGACCAGAUCAUCCUGUUGAAAGGCUGUUGCAUGGAGAUCAUGUCCUUACGAGCUGCCGUGCGUUACGAUCCAGAGAGCGAGACCCUCACGCUCAACGGGGAGAUGGCCGUCACUCGCAGCCAGCUGAAGAACGGAGGCCUCGGUGUCGUCUCCGACGCAAUCUUUGACCUCGGCGUCUCGCUGUCCGCCUUCAACUUGGAUGACUCUGAGGUGGCGCUUCUACAAGCCGUCAUCCUCCUCUCAUCCGAUCGGCCGGGCCUGAGCAGGGUGGAGCGUAUCGAGCACUGCCAGGAGGAGUUCCUCUUGGCCUUUGAACAUUACAUCAACUACCGUAAACACAAGGUGGCGCACUUCUGGCCCAAGCUGCUGAUGAAGGUGACGGACCUGAGGAUGAUCGGGGCGUGCCACGCCAGCCGCUUCCUUCACAUGAAGGUGGAGUGUCCCACCGAGCUGUUCCCUCCGCUCUUCCUGGAAGUCUUCGAGGACUGACUAGUGCACGCACGCGCAUGUGUGUGUCUGUGUGUGUGUGUGUGUGCGUGUGUGCGUGUGUGUGUGUGUGUGCGUGUGCAGAUGCGUGGUCUCAGGGGUGGACUCUGCAGACGGCCCGUCACGGUGAACUUGUCGUUAGCACUACUGAGUGUCACUUCAUCCCAGGGCUGAGGAGCUGGGCGGCCUAGCGUGGAUGGAACAUUCCUUACGAUGCGGAUGUCAGCAUGAGAUGAACGUUGUGUUGUUUUGAACGGCAUGGGGGGGGGAGGGGGGGGGGGAGUCUUGCUCUCAAACGUCGAUCUCGCUUCUUGUCGGAGAGGGGGAAAGAGCAGGAGACGAUGGAUCAUAAACACGACACUCUCGUUCGUUAAGUCUUCACUAUCGGCUCAGUCCUGACUGUACCGCUGCGGCGCGUCACCACCGGUACACAACACAACAACACAAAGACGUUUAACUCGUAAGACCAACCUCUUCGUCAAAGCAUUACCAGCAUUAGUAAAAGUAUAACAUGUAAAAAAAAAAAACCCAAAUCCACUGUCAGAUGGAAACGGGCACAGAAUUCUCUGUCGGCCAGGGCCCCCCUCUCCCCCCCCCCCCGGGGCCCCCCCCGGCUGAGGCGGGAGGACGCCCGGGGUCCUCUUGUUCGGCUCCACAGAUGGCUGAACACAUACUGGAAAUCUGUCCUGGAGUGAAUGGGAGAGAGGCGAUGAGACUGUGUGUGCGCAUGCGUGGAUAAGAGUGAGAAAUCUGCAGCAGGAACGGCGCUUCGCGCCCCAGCGCCGCCCGGAGCCGCGCGCGCCCGGGCGGCGCUGGGGGGCGCCUGGAGAAGACGAGAGAAGUUGCACUUAUGCGGAAAAUGGUUUGAACGCUCAUGGUUGAUGAUGUUUGCACUUAAUGUGAACUGGCUCUUGAGAAUAAAGAUGGUUUUAAGAAAAAAAAA